GAUCUGCAUUGUAAGUAGCUCUGAGGGCAGCAAGUGGUGGCUGUUUUGUCAACCUGUUUUUGUUUUUUCUGAGGAAGAGAACAAGAAGAAGAGGGGCAAGGAGAAACAGCAACAGAGCACAGUUUUCAAAACUCUGAGCUGUGUUAAAGAAAAGAAAACUCUGAGGGAGGAGAAGGAAGGAGAGAAGCCGGGAGGAACACAAGGCAGCAAUGGAUAACAGAGUGGCUCGGUCUGACCCUGGGAUGGCCUGGAUUCACACACUGCUGCUGGCCACCCUCCAGCGCACACACUAGGCUGCUAACGCAAGUCAGCUCCAUGUGCCUGUUCAGCCAUGCUCCCUGGGUAUGGAUUCUCACCUUUUCCUGAUUUUCAACCCCACCUUCACGCAUUUCGCUGCCGAGGAGAGAGUCCCAGCAUGUGGAUCCCAGGUUCAGGAGAGUCCCAGGGUCUGAGUGAGGGCCAGGAGGAUGGGCCUCUCCUCCACCCAUGCCACCACAAGCAUGUCGCUGUAUGCCAGCAGGAAACAUUGGCUUUUAUUGAGCUACAACCACCAGCGACUCCUAAAUUAAACGGUUUUGGCUCUCCGCGGCCAACCAUUAUUCCAGACGCACAAAGCACAACAUGCUCCGUGUCAGUGAAUGGUUUCAGACACGCACUAAAUGAACUCAAUGAUAUGGAGAGCAGUCGUCACAGGACAGACAACGAACAUGAAAUUAAUCUGAAUUUAAACUCUCACACACAUGCCACGGGUGACGGUGAGCUUGAAUGCCAAAAUGUCAUGAGGACUUCUUUGCAGGAGGAGAGUGAAAAGCCUCGAACUGUUACAACAGUAUGUCGUCCUCUCCACUCAGCUCUUAGCCUCCCUCUGUCAUACCCUCUGUCCUCUCUCUACACAAACAGAAACUCCUGGGAAUCUCAGUUACCUUGUUCCCCAUCCCCACCUGAAUGUCCUGGGUUUCAGAGCCCAGACUCCUACCAGCCUCAGAGGAGAGCAUCGCAGGGUUCCCUCAAAGAAAAGUCUAUCCGACGGAAGAUGCAGGUUUAUUCCCCGGACAGCCCAAGUGAUGAAUCCCUCAGCAGCCCAAUCCUGGAUGCAGACUACAUCUUUCCUGGACCUUUUGCAUCUUUCCUGGAGGAGGACCUGUGUGGAUUAUCUUCCCUGGAGGCAGUUUCAACUCCUUCAUCCACAGACGGUGCUUCCGAUCUCCCAAGCUUCAGUCAUGACGAUAUUUUUAAUCUACCUGAGGAACCUCUACACAUCAUAGAGGAUUCAAUACCAGGCAUGGGGGAGGAGAGCAGGAGCAUUGUGACGUCGAGUGCCACAGGAGGCUUUUUAUCACGUAGCCGUCAAGGGGACCAAGAACGGCGGCGCUUCUCGGCUUCAGAGCUAAUAUCCAGACUGCAGCUGUCUCAAAGGAAGAACUCCUUCACUCUGAAGCUAGGAAAGUCUCUGUCCGCUCGGGUAGCCUCUAGGGACCGACAGAGCUCCAACAGCCUCACACCCAACCCUGAUUGUAAGUUCAACUCUAGACACCGAAGCUCAGGAGGUUCGAGUGAUAGCGCCCCCCACAGUCCUGUAGGACCAGCACCUCCACUGCCCAGCGGCGAUAAUGGGAUGCCUUUGAAUCGGUGGAGCACAAAACUGGGAAUGCGAAAGAAAUCUGUAGAGGAGGACUUGGGAACACUUCCACCUGCUCCUAGUUCUAAUCGACUAUCACGCUUUUUACCAAGUUCAAUUCUGUAUCAGGAAUACAGUGACGUUGCCAUCAACAGAGAGAUUCAGAGGCAGCAGGGGAAGGAGCCAGGCACAGAGGAGGAAGGGCUCAAGGAUGAGGGCUCAGACGGGACCCCGUCUCCAUCCAAUCUGUCUCCAUCCAGCUCCUUUCGCUCCUCACGAGGCUCUGCUUUUGCGCUGUGGCAGGAUAUACCUGAUGUUCGAACCAGUGGCCAGCUCGACAACUUCAGCAAUGAGGAAAGAAAGUUACAGGAGGCAAAGUUUGAGCUGGUGACAUCUGAGGCUUCGUACAUUCGUAGCCUGACAAUCGCAGUGGAUCACUUCAUGUUAUCGCAGGAGCUUGCUGAGUGUCUUGGGGCUCAGGAUAAGCAGUGGCUCUUCUCCAAGCUGCCUGAAGUCAAAGAUGUCAGUGAAAGGUUCCUUCAGGAUCUGGAGCACAGGCUGGAGGAAGACAUUCUCCGUUUUGAUGUGUGCGACAUCGUCCUUGAUCACUGCCCUGCCCUGCGAAGGGUCUAUUUACCUUAUGUAACAAACCAGGCCUAUCAAGAGCAGACAUACCAACGUUUACUGCACGAAAACCCUCGUUUCCCCGGGAUCUUGGCUCGGCUGGAGGAGGACCCCAUCUGCCAAAGACUUCCUCUGACCUCUUUUCUAAUCCUCCCGUUUCAGAGGAUCACACGACUUAAAAUGCUGGUGGAGAAUAUCUUAAAGAGGACAACUCCAGGCUCUCGAGAUGAGGACACUGCCACUAAAGCUUUCAAUGAGCUAAAAAAGAUCAUCAAAGAAUGUAACUCCAGUGUGCAGUCAAUGAAAAGGAUGGAGGAGCUCAUCCACCUCAACAAGAAGAUUCACUUUGAGGGCAAGAUCUUUCCUCUGAUCUCUCAGUCCCGUUGGCUAGUGAAGCACGGUGAACUCCUGGAAGUGGACACUCAGACAAUGAGCAUUUCUGGAUCAAAGUUCAAGUUACCCACCAAGCCUGUGUACCUCCACCUGUUCAAUGACUGCUUGUUGCUGUCCAGGAGGAAGGAUACGUGGAAGUUCAUGGUGUUCGUGCAUGCAAAAAUAGGAGAGCUGAAAGUGAAGGAUCUCAGUCAGAAACUGCAAGGCAUCUCAGGCUUUAUCUUCUACCUGCAGCUGUGUGAAGGCCAGCAGCUCAAACAUCAGAUCCUGCUCAAGUCACCGACCGAGAGCGGGAAGCAGAGAUGGAUCACAGCAAUGUUUCCAUCUGACCCACUUGAAGACAUCGAACAAGCAAGUGAAAAUGAUGACAUAUCCCAGGUUCAGUGCAUCAAAAGCUAUCAGGCCCAAGAGCAUGACGAGCUAACUCUGGAGAAAGCCGACAUUCUUCACGCUAAGACCAUUACAAGUGACGGCUGGGUGGAAGGCAUCAGACUUUCGGAUGGGGAGCGGGGCUGGUUCCCCAAAACCUACGUGGAGGAAAUCACAAGUCGCAGCGCGCGCCUCCGCAACCUCCGGGAAAAUAUCCGCAUCAAAUGUGUCACACAGAAACUGAGGGGAAAGGACUGACCAUUUUUACUGUCCUGUGUCAAAGGUGCAUUUCAGUUGUUUAGUUGCAUUCCUAAGCUUUUGGAUGUUUGUUUUCAUUUUAGAUGGAUACAAGGUUGUUUGGCAUACAGACACUUAAACAAGCAAACAUUUUUUAAAAGUCUUCGCAUGGUUGCUAAACCCUGUAUCAGCAGUUUCCUUUAGCAUGCUAGUUCUGGAUACACAUUUUAAAUGAGGGUGCAAAGCCCAUUUUACAUAUUUAGCUUAAAAAGGGCUUUUAUAUACCAAGAGCCCAUCGAUAAAAGUUCACAAGAGGACAUUUUUAAACUUCAUGCAUGCUUUCUAUGAAUGCAUUUCAUACCAUUUUACAGAGCAUUUGCAAGCAUCUCUGUGGUGAAUAUUGUAUAAAUACAUGCACUUUGUCACCACAGGUAGUAACUACAUAUCCAGGUUCAUAUCCAGCAGCGAAUGUGCAUUUAAAGUCACUAUGUUUUUCUACUGUCAUGCCUCACGUUGAACUGUCUUGUGCAGUUCUGUGAGGUCGUUGCUGCCUGAUGGUUUCCAGCCCAAAAGCUGUUCAGAAGCCAGCACGUCCACAAACCACCCUAAAAGAAUAGAUCGAUGUUUAGUUUAGUACUUUGACUUUGCUUACGCUACUGUAACAAAUCACUGCUGUCGAAGCAUAGAAAUCAUCCAGCAACAAACCGCGGCAGCCAACCACCAAAACUACUCACAUCUGGCUACUUGGAAGCGAUUUCACAAAUGAUUGUAGUCCACUGAUAAGAAGAUGUAGCUCAUUUCUAAUCUUUAGAAAGUGGCACACACAUACACACACACACACCUGCACUUUGCUUUUAUUUCAAAUAAGAAAUAAAAAGAAUAAUAAGAAAAACUGCCAAAAUUUAUUUAUUUUUUUUUUUACCAGCAAAAUAAAAUUCAAAUAAACUUGUGAGAUUCAGGAGCUUCACUCAAUGCUGCUGAGAUGUGUCAGGACUUAUCUUUUUGUCUAAGAGCAACUGCAAGUUUAAAGUUUAAAAUUGAAGCCAUUUUUUGGAUCCCACUGUAACAUCCAGUUAUAUAGUGCGAAUAAAGCACUAGACAUUUUUUAAUCGUCAACGAUGCCAAUGCAAAGACUCAAACCACCUGUGCAGCCGUAGCCUACCAUGUCGAGACUCACAAUUGCUGUGGGCUGUUAUUUUAAGUCCCAGUCACAUGAUCCUGCUGCUGUAAAUAUUGACCAGAGCUGCAUACGUGUCUUAAUCUGCUAAAAAUAGUCCCCAACAAAUGCACUCUUUACACCUCUUUAAAUAGCAUCUGCUAAGAAAUAACACCACCAACAACAAAAAUACAAUCCACAGUUGUUUUUAAAGGAAAAAUCCUGUUUGAUACGCAUGGGUUGGAAUGGUAAGGUUUAGUCUUAAAAUCUCUUUGUGUUCUUCAAAACUAAAAAAUAGACAAAUACACCCAAUUCAUCAUGGAAAGCAAUUACAUUGAGCACCUGUGUGGUCAAUGUCCACAUUUGACACUCUUGGUGUAAAUCAUCUUGGUUUAACACCAGUUGAAUAAAAUCUAGACAAUUAUACUACCGUAAUAGUACGGAAUAAAACACUUCUAUCAUAUGCUAAGCACUAACUUACAUUUAGGUUAACACAUUACAUCCACAUUCUCUAAUAGAAGUAAAUAAAAUAAAGAAAUGUCAGAAUGAUCAAUAGCACAGUGUAACUGAGCUAAGACCUGUUUUUAAUGGACCACUAUAAUCAAAACUCAAACUCCUCCAGUGGCACAUAAAAUGUUUUGUAACCCCAAUAUUUUCUUUACCUAAGUGGUUAGUUGUAAUUUAAACGGUUGCUGUUGCAGCGUGUGUAUUUAUACUCCUCUAGCUGGUUGUUCUCUAAGGAGAUUCUGAUAUAAAAUGUAAAUGUAUUUCACUGUAGAUGGCUUCAUGUAUAAAGAGUAGAAACAUGA